ACUCCUCAAAACUCGUAAAUAAAUGUUAAAAAUCUCAAUUUUCUUUGUUUAAAAUAACUUUGUUAACCAAAAAUUGCAUAAAAACCGACUCAAAAUCUCAUUUUUCAUCCAAAAUCCGUAAAAUGGCCACAUCCAACAAAUUUAUUAAGCGUCGCGAUAAACAUGAGGUCACUUCAGGACCCGGCAAAACCCACAAUUCGGUCAUGGAGGCACGCAUCAGCGUUCAUAUCAACGACGAAAGUGUCGAUCGGAGCCAAUACGAGUCGCUGAUGCGAGAUUUGUGCGGCAGAUUCGGCAAAAUUAAGACAAUUCACGUUCCCGGCAAAAGCAAAAAGGGCAAUUUAGUGUUUGUGGAGUUCCUGAAUGAGAGUGAUGCAGAAAAAGCCAUAAAAUUCAUAAAUUCUGACAGAGAACUUCGAAUGGUAGCGAAUAAGGCACGUCCUCCAAUCAAUCAAGGGGAUCAAGGAUUUCGCAGGAAUGAAAAUACACCGCCAGUUGCUCAAAAAAAGGAUUUUCAACCCAAUCGGAGUAAUUUUAACAACUCUGUCCCUCCGAUGAAGACUCAAAAUCAACCAAAAUUCAUCCCGAGUCAACUUCGGAUGCCCGAAAGUCGCGACGAAGGUCAAAGUUGGCGCAGUCCACGUGAUUCUGAAGCUAAUAGACCUGUUCCUGCUCCUUCCACGAGUCUUCCUCGCAUGCCACGACAACUUCCGGAGCCAAAAAAUACCUUCAAACCUCAAAUCCAGCAAAAAAACGACAUUCCCAACGCAAAUGUGGGGCAAUGUAAUCGCUGCCAGCGUCGUGCCGAGCUAAAAUGUCAACGUUGUGGCGAUUUUUACUGCAGUCACACGUGUCAAAAGGUAGAUUGGCCCGCACAUAAACGUCAUUGCUUCCCGAUGCCGGAUCUGGUACCAGCUUCAGAGCCUCCAGUUGUCACGGAAAGUGUUCCAAAACCAUCUCCGCCCCCAAAAAUGAACGAAUUUCCAUCAAAUCCAGCGAUUGAGAGACCAGACGUGAAGAAACCCGCGUUCGAACUGCCUCUAAAAGCGAAAAAUUCAUCUCCGAUCAAACAAAAUAUGGAAAAUAAUCUCAAUCGAAUGAUUGUUUUUUGCGAUGACGACCCAAAAAGUGGCGAUAUCGUCGCCAUUACAUGGCCUUGUUCCACAAAUCGCGUUUAUUUGGUUCAAAAUGAAGGAAAAAUGGGCAUGGAAUAUCGCGAAGUACUCACUUGGGCUUCCAGACCCGAAAAUCAUGGCCCCCCGUUCGAUGAAAGUCCGGAAAAGGGAACUUUAGUCUUCGCCGAGUUCGAAAAUGACUGGUAUCGAGCCAUCGUGCAGAAAGUAAUCGAUGCCGAAAAUGUUCUCGUUGCCUUUUUCGACUUUGGCAACGCCGAGCAACUUCAUUACACGCAGCUGCGUCAAUACACGGACCCAGAAGAUCCCGUGCGGUACACUUAUGGCGUUUAUUUGAAGGAUUGCCCCUAUGACGCGGGAAAUCCGCUGCCGGAAAUCGUUAAGGAAUAUCUAAAAACGCUUUCGGAUCAAUUCACGCCCCUGAGAAUUCGUUACAGCGGCGAAUGGAAUCGAACGACGAACGUAGAGCUUUUUGUCGCAGAGACCGAUGUUUGUGUAAAUGACAAAAUUUUAGCUUUAUUGGGCACCAGUCGAGCUGAAUCCCGCAAAAAUCGCGAAGAAAUGUUCCAAAAAUUGCAGAAACAACAAAAUCCGGUGCCAAAUGAGAAAAUUUACUAUGACGACUUGCAAUGUGAACGAAUGACGACGGAAAAUAAGACGAGGGUUAAAGUUUUGUGUUGUGACGACUUGCAAUCUAACAGCAUUUGGUGCUGUUUGGAGACCGCAAUUGCUUCGUUGAAGGAAAUUCAAUCGAAAGUUGAUGAUUUUUGCAGUGAGGAACGGAAUUUAGUGCCAUAUUUGCCCGAAAGAGACGAACUUUGCUUAAUUCGACGCGGCGAAAGUCACUUCGAGAGAGCAGUUUUGGUCGAAAUCGACGAAGAAAAGGCUCGUGUGUUGCUAAUUGACUCGGGUGGCUUGUAUUUUGUUGCGAAAGAUGCAAUUUUUAAAUUUGACAAAGCACUUUGUAAGCCAGUUUAUACCCACUUGUGUCAGAUUCAUGGAUUUCCGGCAGUUAUUGAGGGAGAUCUUUUGGGUUUUUUGAAGGAAGAACUCGAGGAGGCGUCGUUUAUUGUACAUGAAAUUACUUUUAACGAGGAAGAGGAGUGUUAUAUCUUGCACAUGCCGAAAUUGUUGAAGGAAGCAGUUGCUUUGGAAUAUUUGCCGGAUGAUGAGAUGGAAACUGAGACAAAUGUUGAGUCGGAAGUUGAUUAAUUUGGGCUUGAAUGCUUUAACUUUAAAAGAUUAAAAAAUAUUUUUGUUAAAAAUUUUGAUAAAAUUUGAUGUUGGAUGAUGACUUUUAAUGAAAAAGGAGUCAAAUAAGCCAAAACUAACUUAAAAUAAAUUAAUAUUCAAUACUUUUCUGAAUUCAUCACGUGAACGUGUAGCGUCCCUUGGACAGAUUUGAUAACUUACCAAAAAGCUUAUUCAUAACUGAUAACUUAAAAUUAAUAAAAUAU